UGUCCUCGUUGGACGGUAUCGGGGAGGCGGAAUCUCUAGCGGGUCUUCCUAAAGAAAGAGGAAGAGAGAAGCAUGAGCGUGGAUUUUGUAUAUAUAGUACGUAUAUACAUAUAUAUAAUAAUUAUUUUAGAAAUUAAUGGGGAGGGAUAUCUCUCGAGUGACCGGAUCUGCGCGACGCGACGCAGCCCGGCGACGAGAGGGAGAUUUUCUCGUCUGUGGUGGGAGAUGCGAGUGGGAGGAGUGUUCAAAUGGCGACGCUAUCCAGAAUGCGCCAAUCGCUGAGUGCGACGGAAGACCGAAUAGAGAACGGCCACGCCUCCCGCGCGGGCUGCGAUUGCCCUGCGCGGUGAGAAAGAGUGAUCAGCGCGCUCGCAGCUUCUCUCGACGACCAGUCACCACUCAGACGGCGUAUCUACUGCUGUCAGUUACGCGGUCUCUCUUCCCUCUUCCAUUUAACUGCGUUCUCUCUUCUUCCCUCCUCCUUUCUUUCUCCCUUUCUCUUCAACCGUUGAUUGUGCUUUCGCUGAUUUCGUUUGACGAGCGCCAAGUUCGAAAAAAAAAAAAAAAAACAGGAAACAUAGUAGUGUAUACGAGUAUGUGCGGGAUAUCAACGGGGCAGAGAACGAUUCGAUCUGCGAAUUGAUUUUGGAGGGUGGAGUCGGCGACGUCCUGUGACUCAUGAGCGACGAUAUGUCGCUCUAAUUAGGAAAUCUUCUCUUCGCGUCGUCGAAUGGCGCGAAAGAGAGUCAAAGAUAGAAAUUGCGAUUUGCCAAUCCCGAUUUCGCGAUAGCCAACAGGCGAGACUGUGGUGAAGAGAUAGCGCCGAAUCUUUUUCGAGCGUCUUUACGAGGAAAAAGAGUGUUCAAGUGUCAGUGAUACAUCGAGCAGAUAGUGUACGAGAAAUUGCUGUGAGAGAUCCUUAAAGGGGUUGAUGAAUAGUGUUCGAUAGUGAUCGUAAGAGAAACUAUAGUGUAGAUACUUCUCUUCUGUUCAAAAUCUCUCAUUUCGAAAGGGCGUCCUUUCAAUUCAUUGAGAAGCAAAAAGAAGAGUUCGGAGUAUCGUCUUGUAAUUCUGCCGUAACGUACAUCAAUUUUGUUUUACUGUGAGACUACGAUAGGGAUUAAUUUCUUGUUUGACCCGUGAGAAACGAAUAACGACGCUACCGUCUCCCUCCGAAGACCCCAAGUCGUCUAUUCAUUAUCGUUAGCAAAUGUGCAACCGAUACACAGUGCUUUUCAAACAGAUACAUGUAAAGUGAUUUUCUUAUAAAAUUGAAUUUUAAAAAAGGAUUAAAGUCGGACAGAGUUGAGAAAUACGAUCAAAGAGAUCAAAGACAGAAAAGAGAUCAAAGACAAAAUUACGAGACUGGCGUGUUCUGAUGAUAAAUUAAAGCUCGUUGUUUUUGAUAGAUUCGUUUGGUACCAGAAUCUCUCUUUAAAAGCAAAUCUCUCGAGGGAAGAAUUUCAUCGAGGCUCAUUGCGGCGAAGUUGCGGUAUCGUCGCUCGUUUAGUUUCUGUUCCAACAGGAUAUUUAAUAAAGAAAUCACUCGUUAAAGUGUUAAUUACAAAGGUGGUCGCGACACAACAAACAACGGUGACGAAUUGCUCGUCGAGCAGUGGCGGAGGUGGUGAUUGCAGCGGUGGCGACGGUAGCAGUAGUGGCGGCGACAGUCAGGAGACGCUCACGUAUGCGACCACGACUGAUACGGUAGAAGAGGUCGAGGUAGAGGUCGACGAGGUUAAGAUGGAAGCUGAGGACCAUCUGGCAAGGGAAUACGUGCAGGAGUUUGUCCUUGAUCAUUUGGAUCCUGCUGAUGUUAAGCGAGAGGUACGAAUGGGUUCACCGACGGUUAUGGUAAACGGCAGCGUGGUGCAGCUUCCAGGGCAAGUGCAAUCGCAAGGUCUGACUUUGGCGCCAUUGACGCCGCCCGCGCAUGAGUUGGAGCAGCCGCAUCCUCUAUAUGGUCAGCCGCAUAUUCAGGUGCAGCACGGCGUUUUAGUGAAGGCACCGCCCGGCACCGCGGCGCAUCUUACUACGCUGUCGCAUCCCGGCACGCCGCCAGACACGCCGCCCGUCUCGGCAUCGCCGCCGCCGUUGCAGCUUCAUCGUGGCGAUCGGGAUUCCCGCGAUGCGCGUGAUCUCCGCGAUCGUGGAGGUAUAUUGCUACAACUGCAGCAACCGGCAGCGAUGGUGCAGGAGGAGAUGCAGGUGAGCACGGGCGGCAUGGGCUGGCUAACGCAGUCAUUGAGACAGGAGCCACUCGACCUGAGGCCCCACUGUCCUCAAGAGCAAACCCCGGAAAGUCAUCACGAGCCUUGGUCGGCAGCGCCGGCGCAUCAUCAUUUCCAGGAGUUGCAACAUCUGCCACGACCCACAAGGCACGCUGGCGGAUACCUGGCAAUGUCGAGUCACCUAGAGUAUUACAGUGGUCCAAGUGCAGGAGGAGGAAUGCUUCCCGCGGGCGGGGGUGUAAUGCAGGGAAUGGAAGAUAGCAUGCAGGGCUUAUCAAUACAGCCGGGCAGACCGUUAAGCGUGUGCUCCGUAAGUUCCUGCGGCGCCAACGGGUCUACACCAGUACAUCGUUCAGGUAGUGGCCUUUACUCCAACUGUAAUGGUGCGAAUCCUCAAGACGAACUCAUGGACGAUGAGCUUUUGAUGUCUCUAUCUGUGCGUGAACUCAACAAACGUCUUCAUGGUUGUCCACGGGAACAGGUUGUGCGGCUGAAACAAAAGAGGCGAACACUAAAAAAUCGCGGCUACGCUCAAAACUGCCGCAGCAAGCGGCUGCAGCAACGGCAGGACCUCGAGAGUACCAAUCGGAAUUUGCAGAACGAGCUCCAACGCACGAAGACCGAGCUGACGCGGCUUCAGCAAGAACGCGACCUUUACAAACAGAGAUAUGAUAUGUUGAGAAUACGACAGAGUCAUCAUCACAACCAUAAUCAUAGCCACCAUCAGCAGCAGAUGACGCAACAGCAACAACAGCAGCAGCAACAUCAAACUCAAAGUCAGCAACCACAUCCACAGCAACAGCAACAACAACAUCAACCAGCACCAGCGAGUCCGGAGGUUUAUCUGUGACAUCGACAGCGCCGAGGAGGCGCUUGUUGGACUUGAAGAGUUACUCGUUGCGUUGAUGGAUUCUUGCAAUGUUUUUCAGAUAUGACACAUCGGUUCGGAAGGCGUGCCAGGGCUAGGCCGUAUAGGACUUGGACUUUUUCUUUCCAUCGAUUUUUCUUCUUCCAUCCUUCGUCAUUUGCGUCACUGUACAUUGGAACCUUAUGGCCGUCUGUGAGCUGUGGGGGAGAAGCGGCUAGUUCCUUCCUAGGCGUAUACCGACUGGUGAUUUAGUGAGAUCCGAUCUGCGAAUGGAGCAGCCGAUCAGCUGGACCAUAAAUAUCAGGUGUUUUUUGUGCGCAUACAACAUACACAGAUACAUGUUCUUUCUCGAAUAAAAUAAGAUCUCUGAGAGAGAAAGAAUGAGAAAGAGAGAGAGAGAGAGAGAGAGAGAGAGAGAGAGAGAGAGAGAGAGAGAAAGACAAGAUAGUCAGAAAGAGAAGGAUUACGUUCAGUUUCCCGUUAAUAUUUAAAAAUUUCUCUCCUCUUACAAUUAGAUUUUUUUUGGAUAAGAUAUGAAAUUCAGCAGAGACAGAAUUUCCUUUUAAAAUUUAUCUUCAAAAUUAUGGUAAUUGUGGGACAAGAAUUUCAAAAAAUUUUAAUUUUAGUAAAUUAAGAAAAAAUUUACUUAUACAGCACAAAAGCAGCUACAUUGGAGCAACAUUAAAAUUUUACAUAUUGCAAUGCAAUACUUUAGAAACA